AUGGAUAAGCCCAACACAAAGCCUUUCUUCUCUUCCUCUGUUGUUCAUCACCUAAAACUUCUUAGAAAUUCAAUGGCACAGUCGAUUGUACCAUCAGAUGAAAAUGCAAUAAUGGAGCAAGUUAAAGCCACUCAUGAACCUGAUGGCCGUAAAUUGGCAGUCAAACCUCUUCUUUACACUGAUGGCCGUAAAUUGGCAGUCAAACCUCUUCUUUACAUCAUUCAGGACAUCUUUCAACCUUCCACCCCUAGAGCCCCUGGCUUUGGUUUGGGAGCUCAAGUACAACUAGAUGUGUUGGAUGACAAGGCUUUGCAAUUUAACUUUCUUGACAUGCUCGAUCUUUUGUCAUCCACCAUCAAUAAUAUUUCCCGCAAGUUUUCUGGUGGUGAAGAUGAACAUGCAACAACUUUUGAAAUAUUGAACAUCCUAAAAAGCUACGAUUGGGAUGCAAAAGUGGUGCUAGCCUUGGCUGCAUUUGGUUUUAACUACGGUGAAUUCUUGGUGGUGGCACAACCUUACUCCACCAACCCACUUGUCAAAUCGGUUCCACUCAUCAAGCAAUUUCCAGAGACACAAGAGCCAGUUGACACAUUUACACCAAAGUUUGAGGCAGUUAGCAACCUCAUCAAGUCAACUCUAAAUGUGAUCAAAUGCAUUGUUGAGUUGACAGAGUUUGCAUCUAAGAACACUAGCAAUGAAAAACCAGAAACGAUGGUUGCCGCCACUUCCCAGAUUCCCGACGCAGUUUACUGGACCAUCCGCAGCAUUUUGGCUUGCGCUUCACAAAUUUUGGGUCUCACUGGCAUGGGUUAUGAGAAAAUAUCAUCAACAGCUGAGGCAUUGAAACUGUCAAGCUUAGUCCAGAAAGUCAGCAGCAUUCUUAACGAUCUUAAGAUGCAACUCCCUCAACUCAUAGGAGAGCAAAGGUAUGCCGAAGCGUAUCGAAGACUUCGAAGACUCAUGGAAAGAGAGUACACUGAUAACAUGGAAAUUCUGAGGGCGUUGAUUUAUGCCAAGGAAGAUCAGCUGCCUCUCCUGGACGGUGCUACCAAGAAAAGGGCUGGCAUCGAAGUGUUGAAGAGAAAGAAUAUGCUGCUCCUCAUCUCAGAUCUGGAGGUAUCCUACGAAGAGUUAUCCAUACUAGAACAAAUUUAUAAGGAAUCUCAUCAGGAUCCAACAAGGACAGAGAGCCAGUAUGAAAUGGUUUGGAUCCCGGUUGUGGAUAGGUCAACCCCAUGGACACAAACAAAGCAAAAGCAAUUUGAGUCUCUCCAGUCGGUCAUGCCAUGGUACUCUGUAUAUCACCCUUCAAUGAUCGACCCAGCGGUCAUCAUGUAUAUCCAAGAAGUGUGGCACUUCAAGAAGAAGCCUAUUGUUGUGGUACUUGACCCUCGAAGGAAAGUAGUUAAUCAUGAUGCUUUCCCCAUGCUCUGGAUUUGGGGAUCAUUGGCAUUCCCUUGCACUAGCGAUCAAGAGGCAUCCCUUUGGGAAGAAGAGACUUGGGGACUUGUGCUUUUAGUAGACGGUAUAGAUCCCGUCGUUCUUAAUUGGAUAAGUGAAGGGAAAAACAUAUGCUUGUACGGUGGAAGCGAUAUAGAAUGGAUCAGGAAAUUCACAACCGCUGCACUGGCAGUCACACGAGCUGCGAAGAUUCCAUUGGAGAUCCUUUACGUGGGAAAGAGCAACCCUAAAGAGAAAAAUCGAAGAAACAUCUCCAUUAUUACUGGAGAGAGGCUUAGUCACGUAUGGCCAGACCUCACUUCGGUUUGGUUCUUCUGGAAGCGGUUAGAGAGCAUGUGGAGCUCUAAGACGAAAGUCGGCUGUAGAGUGGAAAACGAUCCUAUAAUGCAGGAGAUCGAUACUAUGCUUAGGUUUGAUAGAAGUGGUGAAGGAUGGGCUCUGUUUUGCAAAGGAACAGCCAUUGCUAGGGCCGAUGGUGAAACCAUUGGGCAGUGCUUAAUAGAUUUUGAUUCAUGGAAAGCAUAUUUGAAGGACACGGAUUUUGUGACUGCACUCAACCAUCAUCUUAACCAGCUCCAAAAACCCACAUCUAUGAGACAGACGGAACAUGUUUAAUAUUAUCAAAAAUCAGAUUUAGGAUUGAAUAAAUUCUUACUAUAACUGAGAUGUCAAA